AUGACUAAGGGAGCACCACCAUCUGAUGAAAUGCUCAGAGUCAUCCAGCAACUCUCAGAUAAGAAGAAUCAUUCAACAGAUUUAGUUCAAGAUCUUUCGAGAGGACUUAUUUUUGUCUUAUCGAAAUUUAAGCGGGACUUAACAGAUAAAUCAAAGAAAACAGAUGCAAAUGAAUAUUACAAGAAAUAUUCUACGAUUUCUCAUGCUUGUUUAGCAUCACCUCAUCGUACAUAUCAAUUUGAUUUCUCAGACAAUCAAUAUAUUCGCUAUACAAUGCCAUAUUUCUUAAAUUCAUCUGUUUCUUCAAUGAUUGACCAGGAAAAACGCGGAAAACAUCCAAUUUCUUGGACAGUCACGAAAAAAUCAAUUGUUGCAUAUGGAAUUGCUCAAGGUAUUAAAGCUCUACAUUCUCAAAACAUUAUUCAUGGACUACUUACGCCAUCAAAUGUGUUUCUUUCUCGAACAUUUGAACCAUUAAUCUCGGAAUUUUGGCUUAGAGAGCUUUAUGAUAUCAGCGAUAUAGAUGCUAACACAUCUAAAUCAUUUUUACCAACAGAUAAUACAGAAAUUCUCGCUCCACCUUAUGAUAUUUAUUCAUUUGGUUGUAUUCUUGCAUGUUUACUUCACAAAUCAACAAAAUUUGAAGUAUCAUUCGUUAACAAUGCUUCCAGCGAUCCAAUGAUUGAUUUAAUCAAAAAAUGUAUCGAUUCAGACCCAAAGAACCGUCCAACCAUCGAAGAGAUCAUUAACCAAAUGUCUUCUGACCACGUUGUAUUUUCUGGAACAGAUAUUACUGAAUUUACGAAAUACGUCAAUAAAAUUUCAAAUUCAACGGUAGAAAGAGUUGAAUCCACACCAAUACCCAUUCCUCCAAUGCAAGAUGACCAUACGCUAGCAGAUCAGUACAGAACUCUUGCAGAUUCCGGAGAUGCUCACGCCCAUUUAUUAAAUGCCAUAAAUCGCAGAAAAGGCAGAGGCUGUUCAGUAAACAAGAAUGCCUCUCUCAAGUCCUUCAGGUUUGCGGCCGACGCAGGCAACCCUUACGCUCAAUAUCAGGCAUCUUAUUACAUGGUUUCGAAACCUAAGUCAUUGAAUGAAGCCAUUGCCUAUUUAACUAGUUCCGCGGACAGUGGAUACCAAGAUGCACAGUACAGACUCGGUCUAAUGUAUGCACACGGAGAAGGAGUUUCAACAGAUCCGAAAUUAGCCGAAAAAUAUCUUAGAUUAGCCGCGGACCAAGGUCAUUUGAAUGCCCAGAAGACCGUCAUCGAGUACAUCAUGAACGGGACUCUUCAAAACCAAGACCCCUCUGUUUUGGCCCAUUAUCAAUGUUUGGCCGCAUGGCAAGGCGAAAGUCAAGCACAGUUAUCAUAUGCGAAAUACCUUAUUGACAAAGCUUUCGAAGAAAACAAGCAAGACAUCGUUGAAUUGCUUACCAGAGCUAGUGAUCAAGGAAACAACGAAGCGCAAAUGAUCAUGGCCAAACUUAUAACACAAAACAAACUAUCUCUGUUCAACAGAUACGAUGAACUAAGAUUUAUAAGACUUGGAGCUGAAAUGGGAGAUACAGAAGUAGCUACACAUUACAGCGAUCUCAUUUCAUCAGGAAAAGUUCAAGUCGAUGACCCUGUUUUGGCUGCAAAAUACUUCAAGAUGGCGGCAGAUAAAGGUGAUGACAGAGCAAUGGUUCAAUACGCUCAGAUACUAAGAGAAGGAAAAGGUGUCAAUGUCGAUAAAAACGGUUGUUACAGUUAUCUCAAAAGAUCUGCAGAAGAAAAACACAAUGCAGAGUCAGCAUAUAAAUAUGUCGACAUGAAAUUAGCUGAAGGGAAUAAAUGGAACUCCGAUCUUGAGAAAUUCAUGAAAAUGGCUGCAGACGCUGGUCAUCCUUUGGCACAAACGAGAUGGGCCAUACACAUCAAAAAUUCUGAACCUGAAUCGGCAAAAACUUAUUUGGAAAACGCAGCAAGACAGAACGAACCAAGAGCGUAUUACGAACUCGCUGAUUAUUAUUUAACAGGAAAGUUCAUGUCAGAUGAUAAAUUAUUGCCUGCACGAUUGAUGAAAGGCGCGGCGGACUUGGGAUACGUUGAAGCGAUGAGGAAAUACGCAAAGUUUUGUGUCUUGGAUAAAUGUUUGCCAACAGAUAAUGUCAAAACCGCUGCUGAAUAUUACAAAAUGGCUGCUGAUUUAGGAGAUGAAAAAAGUCAGUACAGGUAUGCUGAAAUGCUUGCAGAUGGUGAUACAUUGGAUGAAGACAUACAACAAGCUGUUUAUUACUUCGAGUUGGCAGCGAAACAAGGAAAUCCAAAGGCGAAUUACGCAUUGGGAUUAAUUUACGAAAUGGGAGAAGGACCAAUUCAAAAAGAUGAAAAGAAAGCAAGGGCUUAUUACAAGAAAGCCAUAAACCCAUCGAAUAAUCAGAAAGGAUACAGACCCGCGAAAUCGGCUUUGGCAAGAGUUGAUGAUAAUUCGUCAAGCGUAAGAGGUUCACCAUACAGAUAUCCAGCAGAUGAUUCCGACGAAGAAGAAGAGGAAGAAGAAGAAAUGGAUGAUGACGAAUACGUUCCAAAUCUUGACGAUUUGUCUGGACAACAGGCAAUGCUUAACUCGGAAAUAGCAAUGAAUAGAUAUUUCCCUGAUAGAUCACUUGAAGCAAUGAGAGAUAUGUCUGGAAAUUAA